AUGAGAGUUGAAAUAAAGGAUGUUCCUAGGGAAUAUAUUAGUGGAAUUGAAAUUAUUAGCGAACAGAAUCAGAUAAUAAUAGUUUCAUAUGACGGAACUCUAAGCGUGUAUACAGUGGAUCGGGAGCUGAAACAGGUGAAUUUGACCGUGAGGCUUCAAUACGAGUCUUCAUUGACUAGUGUGGCGCAGCUGAACAUACAAGGUAGACAAUUCAUCUACGCAGGAAGCGUAGAUGGCCAACUCCUCAGUGUCGAUCUCGAGAAUUCAUUAUUUGUGAAAGUUGAUCAAAUAGAAUCAUCUGCAGGAAUUAGCUGUAUUGCAAUGCAUGGAGACAGAGUAAUUGCUGGUAGUUGGGAUGGGUCCAUAUAUGUAGUAAACCCCAAGUCAAAUUCUCUAGAAUUCACACUAGAGCUGCCAAGCGAGUACAAGAAAUGUUUCAAGUUGUCGGUACAAGCACACAAACUGUUAAUUAGCACUAUUAAAUGUAAAAUUGCAAUAUUCAAACUCCCACUAACUCCUACCACUAAACCCCAUAUACUGGAUUCUGGCCAGAUCUUCCAGAUUAGAGACAGUCAGCUCACUCCCGAGGGCGACGGAUUUGUAUGUACUGGGAUAGACGGACGAGUCUCGGUGGAGUACUUUGAUGACACAUCAAAGAGAUUCGCUUUCAGAUGCCACAAGUAUGACCUUGAUGAUACUGUGAUGACAUACCCUAUCAAUGCCAUCAGAUUCAUACCAAAUACAAGUGAGUUCUACACAGGAGGAUCUGACGGGUGCGUCUCGGCAUGGCACUUGCACAAGAAGACAAAGAUAAAACAGCUGCCAAAGUACAAUGAGAACAGUGUGGUUCAAUUGGCAUGCAACGAAAAUAUACUCUGCGUUGCGACAUCCGACGACUCCUUCAAGACUAACGCAGUCAUCGAUAGCAACCUAGAACUGGAACCAAGUAGAAUAUACGUGGAGAUUUUAACCAAUUGA